AUGAGCUUCCGUUUCAUCUGUCUCGCAUCUAUUUUCUUCGUGGGAGCUACAAGCGCUCUCACAUCACCCGUUUGCCCAAAUGAACUCGAAGAGCCGAGCCCUUCACUGAGCAGCGGCCAGCGAACACUCUACGCUGAUAAAUUUGACUCGUUCAUAACUUCAUUGUCAGCAAUCCUCAAUGCCCAUAAAAUCUUGGAAAGCCUAGAGGGAGAUGAAGAGUAUGGAAGCAUCUCUAUCAUACCUUUACCGGAGAAAAGCCUUCGUGGCCUAUACGAGUUUAUUGUCAGACGCAAAAUACACUGCUAUGCUGCGAAAAGCCCCGAGAAGUUGAUACUGUCCCUUGUGAGAAUCGACGAAGCGACCGGUACCGGCGGAAUGUCCGACUUUGUUGAAAGUGAUCCAAGUUCACCCAGCGACGAUCUACAAACACAAGCGAACUCCGGCGCAGGGUCGCCUAAAUCACCCGGUGAUGAAAGCUUUGAUCCUCGAACGUUCUUCCAAUAUACAAAUGUUGAUGUUUUGCAAGUUCUGAAGGGCACGGUUGAUUCGUAUAGCUUCCAGCUAAGACAGCUGGAGGCGGCCUCAAAAGUAACUUAUAGCAGCCAUGAAAAGGAGCUGCUGCAGGUACAAACUGACUUCUGGGGGCAGUUGGCAGCAACAAGUUUGCUCCGGUUGUGGCAUUUGUUUGAGGCUGGAGAGCCAUAUUUUAGAGAAUCAGAUCCAUGGGACUCUGAUGACUUGGAGAACUGGGUGAAGAUUAUUGAGAUUCAGACUGGUGUGGACUAUGGAGAUCAAUUAGAAGGAAACUUUGAAUAUGAGGGUGGUUACGAUAGUGAUAUGUCCACGUUUUGA